CGUACAGCGCAGGCGCGCCCAGUGGCCCGAACUGCAGCUGUUUGCGACUAACCGCUUUACGGCUCCGGUGUACUUGGAGGGCAGUGGCGGUGAUACAUCUCGUAUCAUUGAAAGUUUGGAUGAAAAAGCCUUUUAAUGAACAUGGCAAAUCCUCUAAGAAGUGAAGUAAUAAAGCUGUACAAAAAUUUGCUGUACCUUGGCAAAGAAUACCCAAAAGGAGCAGAUUACUUCAGGGAUCAUCUUAAGAAGACUUUCAUGAAAAACAAAGAUGUUACAGAUCCUGAGAAAAUUAAGGAACUAAUAGCAAGGGGGCAGUUUGUGAUAAAGGAACUUGAAGCUUUGUAUUAUCUUAGGAAGUACAGAGCAAUGAAACAACGCUAUGAAGAGAAUACUGACUGACUUUAUAACACUACUGUUGACUUCCAGAAUGUACCGUUGCCACAGCUUUGUGAUUCUAUGAUCAACAGGCAUAUUACCUGUAAUUCACAGAUGCACUUGAAUCUACUAAUCACUUAUGGUGUACUUAAGAGCCAAGUAGUGUAAAACUUCGUGAUUCAACUAACAUCCUUGAAAUGGAAGAGUUACAUCUGCUCAGUAGCCAGCCAGAUCAAUGCAUUGUAACAAAUUGUUACAAUUUGAAAAUUCAAGCACUAUUUUAAAAUUAAUGGGUUUUUUUGCUGAUUGCAACUUAUUUUGAAUUCUAUUGAUAUCUAUAAGGAUAAACCACUUUAAAAGUACAAUUACUAAUAGAACAAUAUUGAAAUUUGCUAAAAUCACAAGACACACAGCUGCUGCAGUGCAUAGUGUUGUCAGUAAAAUGUAGCAAUCAGUGGCAACACUUAAAACAGUUUUACUAUAUUUAACAUGCAGCUGAUAAACAAUUUUUCAUUAAAGAUUAAUGAUUAAUUUUUA